ACUAUUGAUCAUUCAUCUCUCUCUCUCUCUUCUCUCUCUCUCUCCUCCCUCUCUCUCUCUCUGGAUCUGGAAUCGCAGAGUUUCUGCUCCGAUACGCAAUGGGGAGAACCGGCGUUGAAUCUCAUGCAAUCCUUACACUUUUCUCCAUCUGCAUUUUGCUAUUUCCUCACAAUGCAUUCAGCUUCUAUCUCCCAGGUGUUGCCCCCGAAGACUUCCAAAAGGGAGAUGUGCUGAACGUGAAAGUGAACAAGUUGACUUCGAUAAAGACUCAGCUUCCUUACUCGUACUAUUCUAUUCCUUUCUGUUCCCCAAAGACCAUAGUUGACAGCCGAGAAAAUCUUGGAGAAGUACUUCGUGGUGAUCGAAUUGAGAACUCCCCCUAUGUGUUUAAAAUGAGGGAACCGCAGAUGUGCAAUGUUGUCUGUCGACUUAAAUUCGACGCAAAAAUUGCGAAAGAAUUUAAAGAAAAAAUCGAAGAUGAAUAUCGUGUUAACAUGAUCCUAGAUAAUCUGCCUUUGGUUGUUCCUAUUCCAAGAUCAGCACAAGAAGGCCCUCCCAUUUACCAGCUCGGUUAUCAUGUUGGGCUCAAAGGCCAAUAUGCUGGUAGCAAGGAUGAAAAGUACUUUCUACACAACCACUUGAGCUUCACUGUCAAGUUUCACAAGGACGAGCUGACUGAUUCAUCAAGAAUCGUCGGUUUUGAGGUCACACCAUUUAGUGCCAAGCAUGAAUAUGACGGAGAGUGGAGCGAGAAUACUCGUCUAACAACGUGCGAUCCCCAUGCAAAGCAUACGGUCUCUUCUUCAAACUCCCCGCAAGAAGUUGAUGACAAACAAGAAGUUAUAUUCACUUACGACGUUGCAUUUGAGGAAAGCGAAGUGAAGUGGGCAUCAAGAUGGGACACUUACCUACUAAUGACAGACGAUCAAAUCCACUGGUUCUCAAUAGUAAACUCCCUCAUGAUUGUUCUCUUUCUCUCCGGCAUGGUGGCGAUGAUAAUGCUUCGAACGCUUUACCGCGACAUCUCAAAGUACAACGAACUCGAAACACAAGAAGAAGCCCAAGAAGAAACGGGCUGGAAAUUAGUCCACGCGGACGUAUUCCGCCCCCCAAACCACCCCGAACUGCUCUGCGUCUAUGUAGGGACAGGUGUCCAAUUCUUAGGGGUCGUCCUAGUCACCAUGGUCUUCGCAGUCUUCGGUUUUCUCUCUCCUUCGAACAGAGGAGGCCUUAUGACUGCCAUGUUGUUUCUUUGGGUUUUCAUGGGACUUUUCGCAGGUUACACAUCGGCCCGUCUUUACAAAAUGUUCAAAGGAACCGAGUGGAAGAAAAUCGCCGUCCAGACAGCGUUUUUAUUUCCAGCUGUCGUUUUUGGAAUCUUUUUUGUCCUCAAUGCUCUUAUAUGGGGGCAGAAAUCUUCGGGGGCGGUUCCAUUCGGAACUAUGUUUGCCUUGGUUUUUCUAUGGUUCGGAAUUUCGGUGCCACUUGUCUUUGUGGGUAGUUACGUAGGGUUUAAAAAACCUGCGAUCGAAAAUCCGGUUAAGACGAAUAAAAUACCUAGACAAAUACCCGAGCAGCCGUGGUACAUGAACCCGAUAUUCUCGAUCUUGAUCGGUGGAAUUUUACCCUUUGGAGCUGUCUUUAUCGAGCUGUUUUUCAUUCUUACUUCGAUUUGGUUGAAUCAGUUCUACUACAUAUUCGGGUUUCUGUUCAUAGUGUUUGUCAUUCUGCUAGUGACGUGUGCUGAGAUCACUAUCGUAUUGUGCUAUUUCCAGCUCUGCAGUGAGGAUUAUCUUUGGUGGUGGAGAUCUUAUCUCACUUCUGGUUCUUCAGCGGUGUAUCUAUUUCUGUACGCUACUUUUUACUUCUUUACGAAGCUGGAUAUUACGAAGCCUGUUUCGGGUGCGUUGUACUUUGGGUAUAUGCUCAUUGCUUCGUACGCAUUCUUUGUGCUGACGGGUACGAUUGGGUUCUACGCGUGCUUCAUUUUCACAAGGCUGAUUUAUUCUUCGGUGAAGAUCGAUUGAGGUAUAUCCUUAUUUUUUUUUCGGUGAAGAGAAUUGUUAUUAUUCAUUAUUCAUAUGGAAGUACGCGAUGCGAUGUAUGAUGUUUAAUUAGAAAUGGCCGUAACUAGGCAAUUAAUUGUAAUGUGGUAAUGUUUUUUUCCAUUUAUUAUUAUUGUUAUUUUGUGUUGUCGAGGUUUUCUUGAUUUUGUAGCAAGAAUGUCGUAGAGCUUUUGUAAAUUGUUCGAAAGUGUAUCAGACGAAUUCUUUCGAAUACGAGUCGGACUUGAGACAUAUUAUCCCAGGAUUAAUGUAGAACAAAGUUCGAUUUUUAUUUCAUACUUCGCAUUGAUUCUACCGUUUGUAGGCUGG